AUGAAGUUGGUGUGUCCGCCAAUCGCAAAGACACUAGACCUCUUAUUUGGGGGCUCAAGCAACCCACUUGCUAAUUUUGUACAUUCGAUAAUCGUUCAUCUUCCUUGUCGCCCACCGGAGAAAUUUGGUAUUAUUUAUGUUUCCUACCUUUAUUUGAGGUGGUUAGUUUGGCCCUCCCAAGAGAGCUUUUGCCACUUUCCCGAGGAACUUCGCCCCACUAUACUCCAGCUUGUUGAGCGCCAUUAUCUCAACUUCGACCUCAUUCCGUGGCCGCAGCUGCGAGACAACCUCAUUCGUUAUAGUCUUCGUCACGACUUGGAAUCUGUUCUUAGUCUCUAUUGCUGUUCGCUUCGAAUCAAGGAUUGGGGUGAGAUGAACUUCAUCUGUCGCAAGAAUGAUGAGGAUCCGCAAUUUAGCGAUGAAUUUUUACGAAAGAUUACGGAUAUUUCCCAAUGGACCCUUCUGGAGACUUUCUGGAGUGAGUAUCCGGAUCUGGUGCAAGGACUUCCCCUUGAGAUUAUGCUUGGACUGGACAUUUUCAUGCCUGCAGCCGAUACACAACAUAUUUGA